GAAUCGGUGGGGUGAAUCCUCCAACCAGCAUCAGCCGCUGGAUGCUUUCAGCUGCCGUACCAAUCAGUCAUUUCCCACUUGACAAGCUGAUUUGAUAGAUUGUUACGUUAACCUUGCCUAAAGAAAGAAGAUACAUACCCUGCCCUGUAACUGUCUGUCCUCCACGCUGGUUGCAGAGCGGGACGCUGCACCUCCAAGAAAAAAAAAAGAAAAAAAAAAGUCCCGUUCGCCGGGUACUUACCUAUCUCGCUGCCCUACCUUGUUCACCGCAAGCAUGUCAGGGAAGACGACAGGGAAGAAGGCAGCGCAUGGACUCGACGAGAUUUCGGUGCAGCAUCCCAAGAUGAUGGGUGGUAACAAGAAGAAGCUGGAUCUGCUGAUCCUGAGCUUCAACGCGGCAAAGAAGAUGGUUGACUCGAGCGUCUUUGCGCACCAUCUUGAGACGACACUGGUGACCAAUGCUACGUCGCUGCCAGAGGUGGUUGUGUUCUCCCUUCAAGAGAUCUCCCCAUUGAGCUAUGCAUUCAUCGGGGGUCCCCUGUUGGCCCCGUUCCUCUCGCGAUACGAAGAAGCGCUCAACAUAGCAGCCGUCAAGAUCAAAUCGACCCCCUCGACCCCCGCCACGCCGGCAUCUGCCAGCGCCGAAGACGAACGUGACGAUGUGGCCUCGCCGGCCAGCCCAGGCGUGGAGGAGGAGGAGGAGGAGGAGCAGCAGCAGCAGCAGUCGCCUCUGCUGGGUCCGCUGUGGAGAAAAUCCCGCCGGGCGCCGGGUCCCUACACGCUCGUGAAGCAGCACAAUGUUGGUAUGACCGCCAUCAUGCUCUUUGCGCUGCACCCGUCGACCAUCUCGAGCGUGGAGCUGGCAGAGGUUGGGUUUGGCACGCUCGACAUGGGCAACAAGGGCGCGGUGGCCAUCCGGUGCAUCUUCACGCCGCCGCGCGGCAGCAGCAGCUCCUCGGCAGGCGACGGGUCCUUUACGCAGCUCACGCUGGUGGCCACGCACCUCGCGCCCAUGGAGUGGAAUCUUAAGAGGAGGCACGCCAACUGGCAGAGCAUCUGCUCGGCGCUCUUGUUUGGCGACCCGGUGGCUACCAUCAAAGAGGUUGCCAGGCCCGAGGACCAGGAUGUGGUGUCGGGUCUGUUGAGGCGGCGUUCCACCGGCAGGGUCUCUGACAGCGCAGCGAGCCCGGCGCCGACGGCCGAGGAGGAGGCUGAAGCCGAGGCGCUGCUGCGGGAGGCCGAGGAGCAAGAUCGGGUGCUGGCGGGGCACAUGCGAGAGGCGCUGCGCGACAUGACCAUCUUUAGGCCCGGCAGCCACGUCUUUGUCGCUGGAGACCUCAACUACCGCACUGCGGACAAGUCCCCCAAGAAGGAAGACAGGUUUCCGAGCUUUGAUCCCGAUUCUCCGGACCACUGGCCCACGCUCCUCGAGAGGGAUCAGCUGAGCAAGGAGAAGGCGGCCGGCAAGGUGCUCCGCUGCUUCACCGAGGAGGACAUUGCCUUCCCGCCGACGUACAAGUACGACGUGCUGCACUCGGCCGAGGGUGCCAUCAACGAGGCCGAGGCCAGGGAGGCCAUGGAGCGCGGCGACGCCGACCUGGUCGUGCCGUACCGCUUUGCUAAGCACAGGUGGCCGAGCUGGACCGAUCGGGUGCUCUACAUGCAAGUGCCCGAGUUUGCCAAAACCGAGCACGACGGCCAAGGCGAGGACCACACCUUUGCAGCCCGCGCCUACACCUCGAUGCCGCUGAUGCGGUCCUCGGACCACCAGCCCGUGUUCCUGCGCCUCGACGUACCCAUCCUGACGCCCACGGAGCUGGGCAGGGAAGUGGCCAAGGCCAAGGGCGUCGCCGGCCAGGUUCUGGACUCUUCGCGAGAAGACGGAAAGGCCGGAGCAGCAACGACAACAACAGCAGCAGCAGCAGCACGAGGCAAAGAUGGAAGCGCCGCCGGCGACUCGGCACCGCAGGACCAAGACGUGCGCAUCAGCCUCCCCUACCCGCUCGACAUACACGCCACGGCGCGCCGCCAGGUGGCCAGGUCCCGCGAGUUCAUGUCGGGCUGGACCAUGCUGCUGUGGUGCACCAAGGAGGGCGCGGCCGCGCUCGGCUCCCUGGCCGUGCUGGCCCUGGGCACGUACUGGCUGUACCAAGUGCUCUAGAGGAGGAAGCCGGCAGCCUCUGUCGCAUCUGUCGUCGGAGGGUGGCUUUCUGAGGGUCGGUGAUGGCGCUGCUCUACGUGUAUUCUUUCUUUUUUUUCCUUCUUCUUUUUCCUUGCGGUGGUUUGUGGUUCCGCGAUUACUACGACGAGUAUGGAGUAUGGCGUUGUGCUUUGGUACGGUCCAUCUAACUGGCAUAUGGCAUGUGGUAACUGCCUGGACGGCAUUUUUAUGCAUUCGAAUGCUGUUUUCUUUCUUCUUUUUUCUUUUUUUUUUUUGUUAAACUGCUUUGCCCAUUGUUGUUUGCACCCUUGGGCCAAGACUUUUGGUACGAUGGGUCAUUAGUUUCUGCGAUGGAGCUAAGGAAUGGCUCAAGAGUGUUGUCGAGGGAGCUUUACAGUGUCCCUUAGCAGAGGUUUCCUUUGCUUGCAAGAAGCACCUAAGGGAUCACGCACAGAAACGUAGAUUUUAUUCGCAGACCUUGAAAUCAACCAGAAUUACCUUGAAAUGCGA